AUGGCGCACUUCCUGUUCCGGUAGCGGCGGGGACGCGCUUGCCUGGCAGCCGCCAUGGGUGGGGGAGACCUGAACCUGAAGAAGAGCUGGCACCCGCAGACGCUGCGCAAUGUGGAGAAGGUGUGGAAGGCGGAGCAGAAGCAUGAGGCCGAGAGAAAGAAGAUCGAGGAGCUGCAGCGGGAGCUGCAGGAGGAGCGGGCACGGGAGGAGAUGCAGCGCUAYGCUGAGGACAUGGGCACCGUGCGGAAAAGGGAGGAGAAGUUGGAGUGGAUGUACCAGGGCCCUGGGGGCAUGGUGAACAGGGAGGAAUACCUGAUGGGGCGCCCCGUGGACAAGUUCAUCCUGGACAAGGUGGAGGACAGAGAUGCCGGCUGCUCCAGUGACACCGGGCUGCUGCCGGGCUCCAUCUUUGCCAAAUCCGGGGCCAACUCUGUGCUGGACAUGGCCAACAAAAUCCGGGAGGAUCCGCUCUUCAUGAUCAGGAAGAGGGAGGAGGAAAAGAAAAGAGAAGUUUUGAACAAUCCAGUUAAAAUGAAGAAAAUCAAAGCAUUGCUGCAGAACAGUUUGGAAAAAAAGGAGAGGAAGAAGAAGAAGGAGAAGAAGAAGAAGCACAAGAAGCAUCGGCGGCACAGUUCCAGUAGCGAAAGCUCGAGCAGUGAGGAGGAGAGAAGCAGAAAUAAGUCUCAGAGGAGGGUGGACAAUUCUUCCUGGAAGCCUACUCCUCCCAAAAUCCCAGGAUAUGGUUUACAGGUGAGAGACUCUGAGCAGAGCCACCGCUCCCGGGGCUCCCACAGCCAGGACAGGGCCCCCCACAGGCACCGGGAUCGCUCCCAGAGCCCAUCCCGCUCUCCCCACAGACAUUCCAGCAGGAGGAAUUCCGAGAAGGGCUCAGGAUCUCCUUCCAAACACAGCAAACAACACAGCAGUCGGGAGGAGAAGGGCAGAGCCAGGAGCCCUUCACCCAAGAAGAGCUACCGGCGCCAGCACCCCCCAGGUUACACCAGAAAGCUCUCCCCGGAGGAACUGGAGCAAAAACGGCAGGAAAUGAUGGAAAAUGCCAAGUGGAGGGAAGAGGAGAGAGCAAACAACCUCAGGAAGCACCGCAAGGAGGAGGAGCUGGAGCGGGAGCUGGAGAAGCUCGACGCCAGAGACGGGAAGUUCUUCCACCGUUUGAAACUGGAGAGUGCCUCCACCUCCACCCUGGAGGAGCGGGUGAAGCGCAAUAUCCACUCCCUGCAGAGGACUCCUGCUGCCUUGGAAAAAAACUUCAUGCAGAGGUGAAACUCGUCCUCCUUCUGCCCCUGGGCAGAAGUUCAAUGGACAUUUAUUCCCAAAGGUGAGAGCUCUCCAGGAAACACUUCUAAGCUCCCAGAGAGGCACCAGAUCCCUGUGCUGCGCCCUCGGAGCAUUUAGGACAUGGGGCUCUGAGUUUGGAAUGAACGGGGCCUUGCUGGAGACCUCAUGAGCCUUUGUAUUCCAUUUUUAACCUGCUGCCGAGCUUCUUCUCUCUCCUCACCCUGACUGGGAUCGCUUUUGUAUAUUGUCACCAAAUCAUGCUGGGUGGUCACUGCUUCYUCCUAUGCCAGAGCUGAAGACUUAUUUUUGUUAAUCCUUAAAAUCCAAAGCAGAACCAAUCCACAUGUGAGGUAAUUCCGUGGAAUUUGGUAGAAUGACAUGGACCCUGUUCCACACASUGUCACUGUUUGAGGUGUGGACGCAGAGUAUGGUAUCCAGGGUCUCUGUAAAAUCUCACAGGUUUUACUGAUGUUUGACCCAAAAGAAGCAGCUCUUGAGGGAGAAAAGGAAAUGAGCAGAGCAUAGCUGACACAGCAAAUAUUUCUGUGGUAUUUUGUAAUGUAAGUAAUGUGUAUAUGUACAGCAGUGUAGAUUUAUUUUGCCUUUUUAAUUAAGAAACUUCACUAUCGUU